AUGCUUGCUACACAAGCUGCUGCCCGUUUCUGCGGCAGGCGUUUCUGCGGCAGGACAGCUGGAGUAUCGGCCGCAAGAGCCCCUCGUCCCACUCGAUGUUAUCAUGAUUUCGGCCAGAGCAAGUUCCUGAAAGUGUCAGAGGAGAUCCGUGAUGCUGUAGCUACAGGAAAACCCGUUGUGGCAUUGGAAUCUACGAUUUACACUCAUGGAUUCCCGUAUCCUGAAAGCGUUGCCCUUGCAUCGUUGCUUGAAUCUAUCGUUAGAGUCAAUGGCGGAGUCCCUGCUACCAUUGGUAUCCUCAAUGGCGUGGCACGGGUUGGGCUAGACGCUGAAGAGCUCAUUGAACUGGCGUCGACGGCGGAGAAGAAAAAUGCAUUGAAGGUGUCUCGCAGAGACCUGGGCUACAUCUGCGGCCUGGGCGCGGCCGGAAAACCGCUUCAUGGUGGUACAACCGUUUCAGGCACAAUGAUGCUUGCACACAUGGCUGGAAUCAAGGUGUUCGGAACGGGCGGAUUAGGUGGGGUUCACCGGGGCGGAGAAAACUCUAUGGAUAUUUCGGCGGAUCUCACUGAAUUGGGUCGUACCCCAGUGGCUGUCGUUAGCUCAGGAUGCAAGAGCUUCCUGGAUAUUCCUCGAACCUUGGAAUACCUUGAAACCGAAGGCGUCUGUGUCGGAACUUUUGCGGAUGGCAGACACGGCUCCGUGGACUUCCCUGCUUUCUUUACAAGGGACAGCGGAAUCAAGAGUCCUAAGGUCAUUCAAAACGAAGCGGAAGCUGCUGCCAUUAUUUAUGCGCAAAGCAAGCUCGCCGUCUCAUCAGGCAUCCAUUUCGCCAACCCGGUGCCGCUUGAACAAUCGAUUCCCAAAGAGGACAUGGAUGCAAUUAUCGACGAAGCGCUCCAUCUAGCACAAGUGAAAGGCUUCCAAGGCAGCGAUAAUACUCCCUUUGUACUAGCCAAGAUCAAACAACUCAGCGGGGGAAAGAGUGUGGCGGCCAACCGAGCAUUGGUCGAAUCCAACGUGGAACGUGCGGCCAAGGUAGCUGUGGAGCUUUCUAAACUGGAAAAGUCGGACAAAGGGCAUAGUGAUCGACAUAUGCCAGCAAUCUCCGAGACGGUUAGAGCUGACCAUACAGCUUCAGAAGUUAAGUCAAAUCUAAAACCAGUCACCGAAGGCGCAUCUGAGAAAGUAGAAAAAACGGAGGUCUUGGUUGCUGGCUCUCUUGCAAUUGACCUGUCCUGUGAUUAUUCCCCACUGGCAGGAGAGAGCACUACGAUUACUACGCCUGUUCCACAAACAUCGAACCCAGCCGUCAUAAGACAAAGUCUUGGUGGAGUAGGACACAAUGUUGCAAUUGCUGCUAGUCGCAUAGGCAGUUCUGUCCUCUUCUGCAGCGUUGUUGGUGAUGACUUGAGUGGUCGUGCAGCCUUGUCCGCACUCCGAGCUGAGAAGCUCGCAACCGAAGGGGUUCAAAUGCUUUCGGCUUCAUCGGCAAGGACAGCACAAUAUGUUGCCAUUAACGACACACAAAAGGACCUCGUCGUGGCAAUGGCAGAUAUGGGAAUUAUGGAACUACCGGAGGAUAAACUUGAUUUCGAGGGAUUCUGGGAACCCAUGAUUAGCCGCACAAAGCCGCGAUGGGUCGUGGUCGAUGCAAACUGGAGCCCGGCUGUGCUAGCCAAGUGGAUUUUAGUAGCUAAGAAACACGGUGCUCGCGUUGCCUUUGAGCCCGUCUCUACAGCGAAAAGCCGCAGACUGCUUGCCGCCAUUCGUGACUCCGAUACUGUCCCCAACAACACCGUCAGCCUAGCAGCACCAAACCAACUCGAACUCUCAACAAUGUACAUGGCAGCGCGUGAGCGCGGCUUAUUCGAGUCAGACAACUGGUUCAAUGUGAUUGACGCCAUGGGAAUUCCAUCCUCUGGUUCCCGCGAACGACUAGUCUUCAUGACAUCUGCCGAUCUUGUCGACCAAGGAAUUCCCCAACAAUCCAUCCAGCUCCUCCCAUACAUCCCCUGCAUCAUCUCAAAACUAGGCGCGCAGGGCGCUCUCCUCACCCAGCUCCUUCGUGCGGGCGAUCCCCGAUUGACGUCCCCCGAGGCUUCGCCGUACAUCCUAUCCCGUGGCAUCGGAUCCGACUUUGUUGGUGGUGUGUAUAUGCGUCAUUUCCCGUCAGCUGCAGUGCUAGAGCAGGGGGAUAUUGUUAGCGUGAAUGGGGCCGGGGAUACGUUGCUGGGUGUUCUUGUUGCUGGGCUGGCGAAGGGUGCAGUGGACAAACAAGUUGAGGAUAUUUUGCCCAUCGCGCAGGAGGCUAGUCUAAGGACGCUGAAGAGUGCCGGUGGGGUGAGUGAUGACCUCGGGGGUCUGGGCCUUUGA